GAGGGAACUGGUUGUACACAAGGACAUAAUACAGGACAAACCCAAGUUCAAUCUCAUACGAUCACACCUCCAGUUACUUAUCACCAAAGGCCUAAUACUUUAUCUGCUUGUUAUACAUCCUGUUGUGCUGAAUCUGCAAAAAAGGUUCAUUGAUUAUAAACAAUACUUAUUUAGUACAGAAAUAUAUAUAGAUAUUACUGAGAAAUAUUUAUAAUUUAUUUUAAUUUUAUUAUAAAAAAUAAUAGUUUAUUUUAAGAGGUAUAUCUGUUCCAUGCUUUUAUCAUUAAAGAACGACUAUUUAAAUUUAUUUUUAAUAGCCUAUUAAUACUGAGUUUUAUUUGAUCCAAUAAUGCAAUAUUUUCCGUAUUUGAAAGAAAAAUUUCAAUUAUAUAUUUGAUAUGAUAAUUACAUUAUUAUUUUUGAAACAAAAGUAUGUUAAAAAAUUUUGUCUCAAAGAGAUACUUUCUAAACAACUUUUCUUGAAAUAUCAUCUUGUACAAAAUAAAUGCUGGUGUAAGUUUAAGCCACAUAUAUGUGCAAAGUUCAAGUAAACAGUAUUUAUUCCAAUUCUAUAGAUUACUUGCGGUCUCGCCUUCGCGAGACGCUAUGCCAACUCCGUGAAAACUCUUUAUUGGCAACAUCGUCAUGUCAUAGCCAUUCAUGCAACCUCUCACGUAUAGAUUACAUGUACCGUGAUUAUAUGCAGGUCUGUUAAUUCAAAUGUUGCUAUGGUCAAACAUUCGCACGUGCCUACAGUUAUAUUCGUAUGCGAGACCGAAAAGAAAGCAGAAGACGUUGUCAUAGACGUCGAAGAAAAGCAUACAUACUUUUUCAUAUACAAUAGUGUUUCAGAUAUCUUCACCAAAAUUCUUUAUCUUCGAUACGAGAGACACUUCAACACAAACUCGAUUCGUGUGUCCGAAGCUAGCAUAAACAGGCCGACUUUCUCACUGAUAUACUUUGGUGUGUGUGUUACAAUAUGUGUCACAGCAAGUUGGGUUGGUGCAACACAUUGCAUCAAAUAUUUAUAUUUCCAUAAACUGGAAAAUCCAAUCUACUCAUCAUCAUCAUCGAAUUCAUCUGUCACAGGAUUACGUCACCAACAUACAAUUCCAUACAAUGCUCCUUUCUUCACAACUUGGUUUUGCACAAAUUGGGAGAUUCUAUACUUCCCAAUUUAUUUUCUUUGCCAAGCUGCAAGAAUUAAAUGUAACACCCCAUCAGAAAUAAUCGCAGAGAAUUUACGCGGAUUUCGUGAUAAGGGCUUCACUGGUGGUCGUUUCUUAAUCAGAUGUAGUCUCUUUUGCGGACUAUGGGUGGUUACAAAUUAUAUGUAUAUUUAUUCGCUAAGGAUAUUAUUAGCUACCGAUGUAAUGGCACUUUUCGCAACGAAUGUGUCUUGCGUCUAUUUACUAUCGUGGGUAAUACUUCACGAACAAUUUGUCGGUGUUAGAAUAGUAGCAGUCAUUUUAUGCAAUACUGGAAUUGCACUUUUAGCAUACAUGGACGGAAUAACUGGAAGUCCAACUUUGGGAGGUGUUGUUCUGGCAACAUCAGCAGCAGCUGGUUCUGCAGUUUAUAAGGUACUGUUUAAGAAAGUUAUAGGAGAAACGACAUUUGGCCAAAUGUCGUUAUUUUUCUCCCUUAUCGGAUUAUGCAAUGCAGCAUUGUUGUGGCCAAUUUGUUUGGCCCUAUAUUUUUCGGGGGCUGAAAGUGUACAUUGGGGACGGUUACCAUGGACCGCAUUACUUUUAGCAAGCAUUCUUCACCUAGUUGCAAACAUGCUUGGCAACUUCAGUAUUGCUCUGACAUAUGACUUAUUCAUUACUUUGGGAUUGAUCACAGCUGUACCUGUAUCUGCUGCAUUGGAUGUUGUUUUAUAUGGAGCCCAUUUUAUGGGCAUGAAAUUGGCAGGAAUGAUCUUUAUAGCAGUUGGCUUCUUUCUUGUGAUGUUUCCAGAUAAUUGGCCUGACUAUAUAACCAGAUUACUUCGAUGUUCGCAUUACUGUUACUCACAACCUUUGCAUUAGAGACCUACACGAAUCAUGCCUAUCCAAAGUAAAAGUACUGAUAUUGAAGGAGUAACUCUUUCGAGCAACAAUGUCUCUUCAAUAGAAAGUGUUAGCAAGUUCUUGUUUGGCACAUUGAAUGCUAAUGAUGCUAUGCCUGACACUAGACAUGGUGAAACGUAUGUAAAUUUGAAGAGUAUAGAAUGUCAGUCGCGGAAUACACUAAAUUCCGCUUUAGACACUCUCCACAAACUUGGCGACACGUGUUCACAUUAUUAUCGAUCGCCGCUGUAAUUAAGCUAAUUAUAUGUGAUGAUGUAUCAUCAUCACAACCACAUCAAAAGUAGUCUAUAAAACCAUUAGACAUACCCCCCAAACAGGGUAUUCCCCAACCAGGGUUCAAACUAUUAACAUCAUUACUAGUUUAAGCUCGUUUGUGGAUUGUUCAAUAAACGGAAGAUUAAACAGUA